UAGUGCAAGAAAACAGAUCAUUUUGUAAGCUAGGCUAAUUGUUUUGCUAGCUUUAUUUAUUUUGUAUCAGUUGGUGACGUCAGACGGCCGGAGCGCGUGCGGCGGAGCUCCGUAUCUUGAGCUCGCGACCCUGGGGCAAACCAGGCAAACCAACCGCUGAAGAUCGUUGGAGAAACUAUUCAGACGAACCAAACAAACGGAUUUAAACUUAAAAACAGCGACUUUUUAACCCAUUUAACGCAUCGACAGCUCAUUAAACACCGAGCCGAAGUGUGUAACUGAACCCUGGAGGUGUUUUCGGGCUGUAAAGUUGUCCUUGUCGGGGUGAACUGGAUGGUAAAGACGGUGACACGGGAGGAGGAAUGGUGGUGUUUCUGUUGUGACCCGGCUCCAUUUUCUCCUCAAACAACCAGGAGGAGAAAGGAAAGUUAGAGGAGAAAGAAGGAGGUAAAUAACAAGGAGAAAUGGCCGAAGCAAGGUCAGAGGAAGAGGAGGAAAACAUAAUGAGGGAAAACCGGGAACAAGUGGUCCGACGGCAGCCCAACAGCUCCGGAGGUCGACGUAAACCAGAGCAUCGUCUCAGUCAGGGUCCUCUGUCGUCCAUCAGAGCGGCCAUCAAGAGAACCUCCACCAGGACGACGUCUCUCUCUGAGUCGUCCAGAGACAGAGAGAGGGAGAGAGACAGAGAGAGAGAGAGAGAGAGAGAGAGAGACAGGAGACGCCCGGAGAUCACCAUCCUGUGUGCGGAGCCUCUGUCCUCCACUUCCUGGUUCCCCGGGGCCUCUGCAGGAUUCCCCCCGCCCCCCCCUCCUGCCGCUCAGAUCUGGGGUCCCACCAUCCCUCCGUCCAUUCAGCCUCCUCCAUCCUAUGAGGAGGUGAUCAGGGAGAAGACACAGGAGCAGACCCUUCCUCUUCCUCCUCUUCCAUCCAGCUCUUCAUCAUCAUCAUUAUCAUCACGUCUAGCUUCUACAAUAACCAUCGCCACGCAGACUGACCCAGGAUCUGCCCCCGACCCCCAGGUGAGACGACCAGUAAGACCACAACGACCGCCUUUCCCCAGCCCUCCCAAACAGUCUCACAUUGAUGACAUCACCAUCUCAGCCAGCCAAUCAGCACUCAGCGUGGCACCAAGCACACACCUUCCCUCCACUCCUGAUUCUCAAACGGACCAAUGGGAUCGGCCUGUUGAAGUAGAAGCUCCUCCUCCUUCCACUUCUUCUUCUUCUCGCAUCCCAUUGGAGCGUCCUAAGCCCCGCCCCCGCUCCAGGCUCAGCGCUCCUCCUCCAAUCAGCAGUGAGGUCAGAGUUCAGACUCUGGUGAAGCUACGAGACGACGGCGCGGCUACGCUAGCUGCUCGCACAGGAAGUGACCCGGCUAAACAGGAAGUGAGUCAAGGGAAAUACCUUCAGGAGCUUCUCGAGGCGUUCAGCGCCGACGAUUGGGGUUUCCCCGAUCACCGUAGCGACAGCGGCAGCGGCAGCCAAUCGGAGAGCGAGGAGGAAGAGGAGGAGGGAGAAGACGACAUGGCGGCGCUAAAAGCGAGGAUACAAGCCUUUGAGCAGCAACAACAGGUGGCUGAUGGGAGCUGUGGAGAUUUUCCCGCCACAAAAAGACCUGAAACCCGACCUGAACUUCGACCUGAACCCAAGCCACGUCCUCGUCUCGAAAAAAACAAAUCCGCGCCCCCUACUGUCGCCCCGAAACCCAAAAAUGUUGCACAAGCAGCAAAACCGUCCUGCAAGCGAUUCUGGGAGGAGGGUGCCGAGACAGAUUUAACCCCUGAACCUGAUUCCUGUGUCCUGAAAUCUGGACCUGUUGUGGUUCCUGUGAGAAACACGGAGAAACCUUCAAUUUCCCCAAAACCUCAGACCACUACGGACCCCCCUCCACCUUCUGCUGGUCCUGUUCCCGCCCCUAGACCUCCUCCUCACCCCAAACUCACCCCUUCUGUCAGUGAGACGGCAGCCAAACCUCCACCCAGACCUCCAGUCGCCCCCAGGGCCAGCGUCGGAGCUCCUCCGCAGGAAAAGAGCUCCUCGACUGGGCAAAGAACCCCGACUUUACCCCCCAGACCCUCUGUGGAGCUCAGCAGUGGAUCUCACUCUGAGACAGGAAGUGAGGAGACGCAGGACGCUGCGAAACAAACUGUGAAAGUAGGAAGUCUCCGUCCAGACGUCCCGACCAAACCAGCAACUCUGACCGCACCACGCAGAGCCAGCGCUCCAAAUCUGGCCCCGAGACCCUCAGGACCUUCACCGGUUCCAACUCCCGCGAUAAAACCUCCAACUCCCGCUCCCGCUCUGAGGAAAGGCCCUGUGAUCCAAAGCAAACCAGAAACCAGCGUUACUGCAACGUCUGACCCCCCUCGUCCUCCACGGCCUUCUGGUGUGAAGCUCCUCCCCCUUCGUCCUCCACCAAUCAAAUCCACCCCCGGGCGUCCGCCGCCUCCAGCCGUCAGCUCCUCGGCCAAUCAGACUCCUCCCGCGUCCAAAACUAGUCCCGCCCCCUCUGUUUCCACCGCCAACCAGUCAACCAAUCAGGUGCCGCCUCAACGAGCGUCAAAGAGAGGACCGCCUCUUCCCCCCCGCCCUAAACCUGGACACCCUCUAUACAACAGCUACGAGAAACAGGAAGUGCUGAUCGUCCUGGACGACCCGAGCCCCUCAGAGGACCAAUCAGAUGAGGGAAAGAGUCAAACCGCCGUCAUCGACCAAUCACAGAGUCUCCUGGACCUGGACAGCCAACCAGAGCCUGCGCUGGAUCAGGAGAGCCAAUCAAAAUCUGACCUGGAGGACCUCAGCCUAUCAGACUCACAGUCCAUUAUUCCUGUGGAGUCUUCGGAGCAGAAAGAACAACUCAACCCUCCUCCUGUCAGCGGUCCUCGGUGCGUCGCCCUGUUUGACUACGAGGGAGAGGAGGAGGACGAGCUCACCUUCUCUCAGGGUGAUGUCAUUGCCCUCUUGGAGCUGAUUGGUCAGGACUGGGGGCGGGGCCAGAUCCAUGGACGAAUCGGAAUCUUCCCACUGAACUUCGCCGAAGUGUUGGAGCCUCCAGAGAAGAAACCGACGACAACAGAGAGCACCGUGACAGGAAGUACUGCACCAGAGACCUCCUUGGAUCCAGACUCUCAGACUGCAGUGGAGGAGUGGGGCGAGGCUCUGUUUGAUUUCCCCGGUCAGACUGCAGAGGACCUGUCCUUCCAGCAGGGGGCGCUCAUCCUGGUGAUGGAGCACAUCGAUGCGGAUUGGAGGAGAGGGAAGCUGGGGGGGAAGGAGGGGGUCUACCCUGCUGCCUUCACACAGCCCUGCAAUGCUCAGCCAAUCACAGGCCAGCAGGCAGAGGUUAGAGGCGUGGCCAAGUUCGACUUCACAGCAGAGGGCGAAGGCGAGCUCUUCUUAAAGGUCGGUGACGUCAUAACGCAGGUGGAGUUUGUGGAUGAGCAGUGGAUUCUGGGAGAUGUGGGCGGGAAGCGUGGGAUUGUUCCUAAAAACUACAUUUCCCUUCUCUGAUGAGGAAAAAGGGAAAUCCUGAAAACUAGGAAUACUUUAUUUUUUUUUCUUGAAUUUUUCUGACAGCUGAAAACGUAUGGAGUAAUGUUCCAGUGUUUCAACAUUUUCCCAAAACUUUUCAGGCGGUUUUUAAUUUAAAAAAAGCCGCCUGUUCAGUUUUUAUUGGCAUUUUUGGGAAAGUGGAUAUCGUCACGUUAACAGGAUGGACUUUUGCCGCCAGAGUAAAUCUGAUUUAAUGCUUUGUGUUUUCAAAUGUUUGACUCCGUGGACUAUUUCCCACCUGGACUGGAUUUGACUUGUUACUCCUCUCACUGGCUUUUGUCCAAUAUUCCUGCAAAAAAAACAACUUUUAAAGCUCCUACGGCCUCAAACGCAUCUCCCUGCAUCCGUUUCAAAGCUUAAAAUCGAUCUCCAUAUCGGGAAUAUGAUCUCUGUCGGACUUCUGCUUCUAAGAACAACCGUUAGAUGACAUUUCCUCCUUUGUAUCUGCAUCGAGAGACAUUUUCAACCUGCAGUAUUUAAACGGGAAAGUAGUAGAAAGACACUUUACUGUAGUAUCCAAAUGACUUAUUUGAAACUAUCUGAAUGAAGUAAGAGAUGAACAGUAUUUUACUUAAUUAAAACCCUAGUUUGGUUCAGAUCCACCUAAAAAAAUCACACCAUUAUCAUUUUAAUAUAUAAUUGAGAUGAUGAUUUAAUUAAAAUAAUUCCCUUUUUUAUAUCAUGCGUCAAAUCGUUGUUGCAAUAUCAGUCAAAAUAUUCACAAUUUAGUUAUGUUUGCCCAAAUAGUGCAGCCUUACUGGAAGAUUAAUUAACUUUAACUAACUCAGUUUAAACUUGUAUUUAAAUAUGCUCAUCAUGGGGCGGAGACGACGAGAAAACUGGAUAGAAACUGAAAAAAAUGUAUUAAAAACUGAAUAAUGUGGAGCUUUACGAAGAGGCGAGUCAAAUUGUAGUCAGGCAGCCAUUUUGUUUUUGUUGUCCUCAUGAACGUUUUUAACUCGUAGCGCUCGUUGCCACUUUAGUGAGGAAAUAACGACGAGUUUUAUUUCAUAACGGUAGGUACCUUUUUAGUUAUUUAUAAAUGUUUCUUUUGUUGCACACGUUUCCACUGGUAGACUCUUGAAAGCUUUGUAACACUAUCACAUGCCUUAAAUGCAUUGUAAAAAUACCUAUAAUGUGCUUUUAUCACUGUAUAAUAUUAGUUAUAAGCACUCUUAAAUAUUCAGAGCCUUUUUGAUCAUAACUAUAAGGUCAGUUACCAUAACACUUAAUAAUCACUGCGGGUAUCAUCGUUUAAAUGCAUUUUAAUUAGGGAUGCACGAUAAUUAUCGGCCCGAUAAUCCCGUUUUGCCAGUACUGUGGUAUUAGUGGUUUAGGAAGAGGGGAGUUCUUCACAAAUCCAGCGUUCCCUAACUCAUGCCUGGCUGUGACGUAAAUGGUGUGCGGCCGUGAAGCCAGGACAGUAAACAAACAUGUCGUCGGUGGUAUGGGCGUUGGAGCUAUGUGCAACUCAAGGCAUAUGCUCGAACCGGAGC